UCUGUUUGUUUUCAUCUUGAUGUGCCGUUGAUUUCUCUUAAAAACUGAACACAAAAAUGACGGAAACAUGGAUAGAAAGAAAUCUACCAAAGCCAGUUAUGCGUUCAACAAUGCAAAAACUGAACGGUGAUGUAGAUUUCGAUGCUCUGCUUAAUCAUUUCAACCAUUGUGAAACAAUUCACGAGCUCCGUCCGAAAUUAGAGGAGACUGCAGCAAUGGCAUCUCGUUUGAUAGCCCGUCGCGCUCAUUCAUUCCGAAUGCAACCAAGUUUCAUGUACUUUCGAAAAAUGAAUAUCGCUCUAUGCCGUAUAAAAGAGUUGAACAUUUAUCAAGACCUAAAAGACUACCAAAAUGCCAUUGGUGUGGCAAAAACCGCUAGAAAACUGGACGACAAAUAUUAUUUGCCCGAUCACGGGAACUUUUUCUACUUUCUGACAAAGUUCCAAUCGUUUACAAAAUUACUGAUUCGCAUUGUAAUGUGUGCACGUGAGUCACAUCGACUUCUUCUGGAAUUGUUGCAUCGAGCCGCAUUCAUCGAAACUAUAUCAUUGUUCAUAGCCGUGUUGGCCGAAGUAUGGACGAUUUGUAUUAAAAUGUGCCAAAGUGCUGUGCAAUUUUACAAUGCAUUUUAUCCAUUUUACGCGAAAAACUUUGACCAAAGCAAAUUAUUACCGAAACGAUUGCACAAAUGGUUAGGCGAUGAAUACAAAGAGUAUAUUGAUAUUUCGAUGGACCAAAACCAACUGGAAUCGAAUGAUGAAUUAUUUUUGUUUGAAAGCAGCGAGGCGGUGGAGAGUCAAGGCAUAGUUAUUGAGCAAAAAUUUGAGCCAAAACUAUUGGUCAGUCAUCACUCCGGUUCAAAAAAUGAUAACGACGGUAAAAAGGCAAAUGUAAAUACAUUGGAUCUUCUUGAUAAGAAGCAACAUUUUCCAACCAGUUCAAAGACGGUUCCGGUUAAAGCAAAAGCUAUGAUAUCAAUGAAACCGUUACCUUUGAGCAACAUGAGCUUUGAUUUGGGUGAAAAAAUCAGCCGGACGAAUGCAACAAAUCAAAAAGACACAAAGAAAGUGAUAAAACGAAUAGACGUCGAUCAACUAAAAACGAUAAAAGAUAUACGAGCGUUUCUAUCCAUCGAAGAUGAAUUGAGAGGAAUGCACGAUCAGAAAUACACCGAAGGAAUCAGUAACGAAGAAUGGGACAAAUUCAAAGCAGCCACGAAUAGUCUUUUGAUCCUCAGUCAUCAUGGAUUGGUGCUAAAAAAGUUUAAAGCACAAUGGAAAAAUCUGAAAAUGCGACGACGAUAAAGCAUUGUUUUUCUUUGCCAUAGCACAACAUAUAUUUUAUUAAUUAUUUC